GAUGGUUCUACGGACGCCACCCCGGUGACUUGCUGGGAUGACUUCAAACUGUCCAAGGAGAUCAUGGACGGUAUCUUCGAGAUGGGUUUUACCAAGCCAUCGAAGAUUCAGGGUCUGGCCCUGCCCAUUGCGAUGAAGGGUCGGAACAUCAUUGGGCAGGCCCGCAAUGGCAGUGGAAAAACCGCAGCUUUUGCCUUGGCAAUGCUGGCGAACGUUGACGUCAACAAGAGAGCCCCGCAGGGUCUCUGUGUGUGCCCCACGCGCGAGUUGACAAUGCAGAACCACGCCGUGAUCCAGCGGCUUGGCAAAUUCACAGGUCUGGAGUUCUUCUUGGCUGUGCCACAGGAGCAGCGCGCUCCGCGCAGCAAGCUCCGAGUACGUCUCCGCGGUCCGAUGGUGGCAGCAGAGCGGGCCGACAUGAGCUCCUGGCAGGUAUGGGCUCUGAGGGGCGCAGAUGCCGGACAGCUACUCAACGGCCGUGGGUUAACGCCGGAAAAAUCUCUGAGCAACUCGGCGAACAGCCACAUCAGCAGACAGGUGCAAGAACUUCGGGAGAAGCUCUCGGCAAGCCGGCUGUCUUUGCAAGCGCAAGAAGGCCACGCUCAACGGACAAGUUCACGGCGCCUUGCACGGUCAAGGAAGGCUGGCUCGACUCUCCGCGAGAGCCUUCAAGCCUCUCCUUCCACAAAGGCCACGGCUGCCACUGCGGCGACCUCUCCCUCUGAGACGAAGCGGUCCACAGCUGCCUCGUCUUGCGAGCGGCCCUUGUCGCCACGGUACGAAGGACAGCCAAUGACGGAGGGCAUUGCAGUGUGGCGAGAGACGCAGGCCUUGAACGAAAGUCUCGGGGCUUCGGCUGAAGCCCAUCGGCCUUUGAGGUCCUUUCCUGCCCAUUCUCGCGCUCCUGCGGUGGGGCCCCCCGCCAGCCCCGCACGGGCGAGUCCCAGAAGGCAGCCCACAUUGGGAGAUGGUCUGGAGCCAGUGACGCAGCCCUUAGCCCAGCAGAUGCCACCAUGGGCAAGUACCUUUGGGGUUUAUCCUGGGCCUCUGCCGACUAGCCCCUCAGCAUCCCAACCACAGCUGCCUCCCUUCGCAGAAGCUGCCAUGAGUCGUUUGACUUGGUUGCAGGCGGAAAAGGAAGCACUCGAGGGCUGGCUCAGCAACGCCGGUUAUUUGUCAGUCAGCGAUGACAGCCAGGUCCUGAGCUCCCCUCGGCUUCAGGCGGCCCAAGCUGCCCAGGAGCCCACGGCAACGGCCCACGCGAGGCAUCUCCUGGAAGGCGUGAAACGGCCGUCCUCCGAAGAGCGACAGCCGAUGGAGCCGGAGCGAUGGGUCCAUGGAGUCCAUGGCCCCGCCACUGGACAGACUCCCGCGUCAUCUUUGGAGGAUGGAAGCCCAAGUACUCCGAGCAGUGCAAGAAGGAAGUCUUCGAUGCACCAGAGCUACAAUGCUUUGAGUGCGGAACGAGCAGCCGCGCAGGCGAAGCUCGAAGAUGACAUCAGGGCCCUAGGGCUCGAAAGCUCCCCGCUCCCACAAAGUGAGGGCAAGGUGAAGGACAACCUGGCGAUCGAGCAUCGCGACAACGCUGCAACGGCAUCCUUCGGCGUAGCCAGGAACAGUGCGCCUGCGACUGCAUUGGCUGCACUCCGUGCAGAGGCGCUUGCGCAACCUCAGCAGACCUCUUGGACUGCUGCGGACACCACUGCGCAGCUACAUGAGCCAAGGGUCACGACCACGUCUGCGAUUCGGCAUCAGGCCUCUUCAGAUACAUCGCCUGAGGUGCUGCCAAGGUCAGAUCGCUCCCACUCGGCUUCGACGAGGGUGGCGGCACAACAGCUGGGUGAGGCAAGUGCCCCUCUGAGCAGCUUCAGGUCCUCGCUCCCUGUAUCUGGCACUGACAUGCCCAUGCGGUCGGAGGCAUUGAGCUCGCAAGCCUUCAGACGGCGAACCGAGGCAUCGCCGUCGCGCGAAGUGGCCAUCUCCGAUCUGAAGGUCGCGAGGUCAGAUCGCUCCCACUCGGCUUCGACGAGGGUGGCGGCACAGCAGCUGGGUGAGGCAAGUGCCCCUCUGAGCAGCUUCAGGUCCUCGCUCCCUGUAUCUGGCACUGACAUGCCCAUGCGGUCGGAGGCAUUGAGCUCGCAAGCCUUCAGACGGCGAACCGAGGCAAGUGGAGUUUUCAGGAACAACGAGGCCUCGUCACCGCCGACGGUCCUUACAAACGUGCUCCACCUGCCUGAUGGGGAUUUGCUCACGCGGUCAAGGACUCAGAGCAGCUCGCCAUCCUGGGCCCAGGAACCCCGGAGUGCAGCACACUCCAGCAGUCCAAGCAGGAUGGCAAGAGCAGCCACUUCGGCGAGCCUGACACCCGCAGUCGCAGUGUCUCCGGAGGGCAGCCUGCGAAGCGGUCCAAGGCAUAGCAGCCCAUCGCAGCUGGGAUCGCGACCCCUCUACGAGGAGGUGGCAUUGAACAGUGCAAGCACCGGAUGUGCUGGUUUCAGGGCAAAGGCCCCCAGCUUCUCUUGGCCUGGAACGGACGCCGCUGCGUUUCUGACCGAGGAGCUUCCUGCAGUGACACAGAGGAGCUCAAGCCCGCCGGGGGCCCGUGCGCGAGCAGGCACCGAAGCCGUUUCUUCGCCCUCCAGGCGGAGGAGUCCGGGCAUGCGCACAGCCGGGGAUUCUGCAGAGGCCCUGGAAAGCAGCAGUCUGCAUGCCAGAGCCCGGGCCGCCACAGAAGCGGCCACGGCAUUCUUGGAUGGGAGGACCGGCUUGCAGGGUCCGGUCUCCUCUAGCUCAAGGCAGAGCAGCCCUUCCCGGGCAAAGGAUGCCGCCCACGUUGCAUUCGGUGAGAAGGCAGCGACGGUGAUGGCAGCUGCCGCGGAAAGCCAACAGGACGAGGAGGAGGAGCAGGAGGAUGAUGAGGAGUACGACAGCCAAGGCAGCGAGAGCAGCGCCAGCUUGUCGCCAGAGGAGGAAGCAGCCCAGCGGCAGCAGCUUGAGCUGGAUCUCCAG